CUGGUCUCCAUUAGCACAAAAUCCGAGGAGACACUUUGGGAUACUUCGGCUGGAAGAGUUCUUUGGAUUUUGUCCCGUUUAGAUUGAAUAUAUGGUUUUAAGUAAGAAAAACUUGUUGACUGUUGAAGUAUCGGAAGUUUGAGUGGUUUUUCUGGUUCUGGGUUGGUGUAUUUGUGAAGGAUGGCGCUGGACGGUAUACGAAUGCCCGAUGGCUGCUACGCCGACGGGACUUGGGAACUGAAGAUGCAUGUGACCGACCUCCAUAAAGACGUCUCCUUGCGGGUCACCGGGGAGAUUCACAUCGGAGGGGUUAUGCUAAAGCUCGUGGAAGAACUCGAUGUGAAGAAGGACUGGUCAGACCACGCGCUGUGGUGGGAGAAGAAGAAGACGUGGCUGCUGAAGACCCACUGGACGCUGGACAAGUACGGGAUCCAGGCGGACGCGCGGCUGCUCUUCACCCCCCAGCACAAGCUGCUGCGCCUGCAGCUGCCCAACAUGCGCCACAUGAGGGUCAAGGUCAACUUCUCCGACCGCGUCUUCAAGGCCGUCUCCGACAUCUGCAAAACCUUCAAUAUCCGUCACCCGGAGGAGGUGUCUCUGCUCCGUAAGCCGCGUGACCCCAAGAAGAAGAAGAAAAAGCUGGAGGAGGUCGAAGAGGACCCGCUGGAACUGGAGGGACCCCUGCUCACACCUGGAUCAGCUUCUGAGGUCAUUUACAUCGGACCUGUCAAAGGGAGCAUCUACUCCAGCCCUGGCCUGUACAGUAAGACGAUGACCCCCACCUAUGACUCGCGUGACGGCAGCCCGCUGUCCCCCACCACGGCCUGGUUCGGGGACAGUCCUCUGUCCGAGGGCAACCCCAGCAUCCUGGCCGUCAGCCAGCCCAUCUCCUCCCCCGACAUCCUGCUCAAGCUCUACAAGCCACAGUCCCUCCUGGACAAGGCCAAGAUCAACCAGGGGUGGCUGGACUCGUCCAGGUCUCUGAUGGAGCAGGACAUCAAGGACAACGAUGUGCUCCUGCUGCGGUUUAAGUACCACAGUUUCUUUGACCUCAACCCCAAGUACGAUGCCAUCCGUGUGAACCAGCUGUAUGAGCAGUCCAAGUGGGCCAUCCUGCUGGAGGAGAUCGAGUGCACAGAGGAGGAGAUGAUGAUGUUCGCCGCCCUGCAGUACCAUAUCAACAAGCUGUCUAUCAUGUCGAACGACAAUCACAUGAACAACAGUGAAAAGGAGGUGGACGAGGUGGACGCAGCCCUGUCCGAUCUGGAGAUCACUCUGGAGGGAGGGAAGACGUCCAACACACUGGGUGACAUCACUUCCAUUCCUGAGCUGGCCGACUAUGUGAAGGUCUUCAAGCCAAAGAAACUGACACUGAAGGGCUAUAAGCAGUACUGGUGCACGUUUAAAGACAUCACAAUCUCCUGCUACAAGAGUCGAGAGGAGGCUCAUGGGACCCCUGCCCAUCAAAUGAACCUUAGAGGUUGUGAAGUGACUCCGGAUGUCAACAUCUCUGGUCAGAAAUUCAACAUCAAGCUGCUGAUUCCUGUCGCCGACGGCAUGAAUGAGAUCUGGCUGCGCUGUGACGCGGAGAAGCAGUAUGCCCAUUGGAUGGCGGCGUGUCGCCUGGCGUCCAAAGGCAAAACCAUGGCGGACAGCUCCUACAACCUGGAGGUGCAGAACAUCCUGUCCUUCCUCAAGAUGCAGCACAUGAGCCCCGACCCCCAGUUCAUCGCCGCCGAGUUCACCAACACGGACAUCAACCCCGAGUGCCUGGUGUCCCCGCGCUACCUGAAGAAGUACAAGAACAAACAGCCAGGUUAUGUGAGGGACAUGAUCUCGGCCCGGAUCCUGGAGGCCCACCAGAACGUGGCCCAGAUGAGCCUGAUCGAGGCCAAGAUGCGCUUCAUCCAGGCGUGGCAGUCCCUGCCGGAGUUCGGAAUCACCCACUUCCUGGCCAAGUUCCAGGGAGGGAAGAGGGAGGAGCUGAUCGGGAUCACGUACAACCGCCUGAUCCGCAUGGACGCCAGCAACGGAGACGCCAUCAAGACCUGGAGGUUCAGCAACAUGAAGCAGUGGAACGUCAACUGGGAGAUCAAGAUGGUGACGGUGGAGUUUGCGGACGAGCCCAGCCUGGCGUUCAUCUGUACGGAGGUGGACUGCAAGGUGGUGCACGAGUUCAUCGGCGGCUACAUCUUCCUGUCCACGCGCGCUAAGGACCAGAACGAGUCUCUGGACGAGGAGAUGUUCUUCAAGCUGACCAGUGGCUGGAUCUGAGCAUGCUCCAAACCUGCCCACAGGAAGGGGGAUAGGGGGGGGGGGGGGG